CAUAAUAUAUCGAGAAAGAAGGAAAAAUGGAGGGAAUCGAGCACAGGACGAUUAAGGUGAACGGCAUCAACAUGCAUGUGGCCGAGAAAGGCCAAGGCCCGGUGAUCCUAUUCCUUCACGGCUUCCCGGAGCUCUGGUACUGCUGGAGGCACCAGAUGCAGGCCUUGGCCUCCCUCGGCUACCGUGCUGUGGCGCCGGACCUCCGCGGCUUCGGCGACACGGACACGCCUACUGAGGCUUCGAGCUACACAUGCAUCCACGUGGUCGGAGAUCUCAUCGCGCUGCUGGACGCCGUCGCCGCCGACCAGAAGAAGGUGUUUGUCGUCGGCCACGACUGGGGUGCGGUCAUUGCUUGGCACCUCUGCUUGUUUCGGCCCGACCGAGUCAAGGCUUUGGUCAACUUGAGCGUUGCCUUCACUCCAAGAAAUCCUCAGUACAAGCCUGUUCCUGCCCUAAAAGCUGUUUACGGCGGUGACUAUUACAUGUGCAGAUUUCAGGAGGAAGGUGAUAUAGAAGACGAGCUUGCCAACCUUGGUUGUGCUAGAGUCAUGAAGGAAUUCCUAACCAACCGCAAUCCCGGUCCGCUUAUGCUGCCUAAGGGUAAAGGGUUUGGAAAUGCCGGAGCUGAUGCUCCGAUCACAUUGCCUAGCUGGUUGUCUGACGAUGAUAUUCACUACUACGCCAGCAAUUUCGAGAAGAAGGGCUUCACUGGUGCUUUGAACUACUUCCGGAACUUGGACCGGAAUUGGGAACUGACUGCACCCUGGACCGGGGCUCAGAUUCAAGUUCCGGUUAAGUUCAUUGUGGGAGACCAAGAUCUGGUUUAUAAUUCCAUGGGUGCCAAGGAUUACAUACAUAAAGGUGGGUUCAAGAAAUAUGUGCCGCUUCUGGAAGAUGUGGUUGUGAUGGAAGGAGUUGCACAUUUCAUCAAUGAGGAAAGGCCCGAGGAGAUCAACCAACACAUUUAUGACUUCUUCAUGAAAUUUGACUAGCUAAGGCCAUCUCCAACCAUCUCCAACCAUCUAGUCAAAACGGAUGGUACAACAGUUAUUUUUGACUAGUUUUAUGAGGUCCAACCAUUAUGUCAACUCUAAUGUGGUAACAACUUUUUUUUACGUGUAUUUGACAUGAGUAGAGCAAUGUCAUUAAAGAAGAGAAAUGUCUUUUAAAUCUUUAUACUUUUUUCUCUCCUCUCUCUACUCUCUUCUUUCUUCCGUCUCGUCUUUAAGGAAAAAUAUAUUACAAUAAUAAUUUGAAUUAGACAUUUUUGUUGGAGUGAGUGAUUGUCAAACUUGAUAAUUCCAAGUCAGAUGUCAAAUUUAAAAUUUGACAAAUUUUUUUAACUCCUUCGUUGGAGUUGCUCUAAUGAUCCUUAUUUCUAUUGUGCAUUCUGGUGCUAUCAUAUUUAUCUACCUAGCUAGCUAGUAAGAGUUGUUUUAUCCUUAGUUCAGUUAGUUGUUUUAUCAUAUUGUACAAGCUAGUAUUAUUUGCUUUGAAGGAGUAAUUAUUUUGUGUACCCGCCACACCACGUGACACUGUCAUGUGGUGUACUCAGUCAUAUUACGUCAUGCUAUAAUUAACAUGUACACAGUGAAAAUGAUAAAAAAUUAUUUACAUAUAAGAACCAAUCAAAAACAAUCACAAUAAAAAAUGUAUCAAUAAUAUUAAGGAUGUACAACACGUGGGAUAUGUGGCGGGUAUAUAUAAUAAUUUCUCGCUUUGAAGAUUGAUUAGAUUAAUAAGUGAUGGAUAUUAAUGGAUGAUUGGAUUAGUGUGUUUGUUUGUAAAGAAUGGAUUUGCAUUAAUUAAACUUACUAAACAAAGAUGGUUGAAAAUGCAGUGGUUUACCAUUAAACUAUUAAAAAUACGAGAAACUA